AUGGCCGGCAGGGCAUCGGAAUACGAAAAGAGUCGGGGAGCAGUGUUGGUCCAAGAUGUCCUAAUAGCCACCAAAUUGGUCAGCGCUCGGACAUGGCACCGUGUGGUACGCGCCUGGCUCGUUAUGCCAAUUGCUGUUGCAGCCAUCAUGGCAGUGUGCUUUGGUGUCGACCGCCUUAUUAACCUUGGGAAUGUUCCCUUUCCAGCUUCAGUGGCCUGUCUGAUCUUACUCUUCUUAGCCCUCAUCCUCUGCUCAUUCAUACUGGGAGACCGGGCCACAAAGACCAUGGUUGGAUACCUAGAUGUUCCCUGCGGCUGGUCCUUGCGCUUUCUCAACAUAUUCUUGUGUCCUGGCUUUGUCACAUUGCCUCUCAGUCCACCGAUAAGCGGAGCGGAAGUGGCCAAGAUCAUCGGCGUAGCUCUAGUCGGUUGGGCGGUGGUAUUUGCCUUGAGUGCCUACUCUGUACGUGGGAUAGUACUGCUCAUUGGCAAUAGCAAGAAAGCAGAAGUUGCAAGGGCUGAAGAGCUUGGGGUGCACCAAGAUGACAUUCCGUUGAGUCGAGUGUCGACACCGCCAGACUCUAGGCGGACACCAAGUGACUAUGGUGAGAGCACGCCGGACGAAAGUCCCAAUCCUUCAACUCCAUUCCUGGUUCAGCCGCCAAGGGCACAGAAUCCAGACUAUGUCACUGGGACAGGCGGACCGCCAAUACCGGAGAGCACAAGACUCAGCUCAGAGACUAUAUCACCAUUGUCCAUUUUGCGACACGAUGCGCCGCUACAAACCAGAGCGGAGAAGUGGGCAGCAUUCAUUAUCUCACAAUUGGAUCUGCUUACCUAUGCAGCACUGAUGGUCUUCAUCGGCAUCCCAGUUUACUAUGGCCUCGGCUAUGCCAUGCCGUUGCAACUCUGCAUCAGCAUCAUCACAUACGAAGUCGCAACCAUGCUGCCCUUACGUUGGAAGACCUACCUGCACCCCAUCCUGGUAUCCUCUGCAAGCACCGUUCUCGCAAUCUGGGUCUUCGUCCUCACACGCGGAGAAUCUCUAUCCGAUGGUCUCCACGCCUACUCCACAGGAGUGAAAUACACCAGACUGUGGAGCGGCGCAGCAAUCGCAGGCACACUACCCGGAGCCGGCGACAUUCUCUCCUCCAUCAUCGACGUGUCAAUCAUUGCAUUAGCCUUACCAAUGUUCCAAUACCGCCAUGAGCUCCAGAAAAACUUCCUCGCCAUCAUCAUCCCCAAUACCAUCUGGCCCUUAGCCUCACUCUUCGGCUACCCAGCCUUCUGCUACGCCAUCGGAAUCACUCCAACGUCCUCUCUCGCCUUCGGAGCAAGAACACUCACUCUCGCACUCGGACAAAUCGUCGUGGCAAAUGUCGGCGGAAACAUGAAUGUGGGAACUCCCUUGGCCAUCUUCAGCGGAAUCUUUGGAGUCCUCAUAGGAAAUCAGAUUUUGAAAUUCUUGCGGAUUCCCGAGGACGAUUAUAUUACGAGAGGAAUCACGUUUGGUGCGAAUUCGAGCAGUCUUGCUACUGCUAUGUUACUGGGUACGGAUCCGCGAGCUGCGGCGUUUAGUAGUUUGAGUAUGGGAUUUGUUGGAACUGUGGCUGUUGCUGCUACGAGUGUGCCGCCGAUCGUGCUGGCUGUGAAGGGGAUUGUUGGGCUUUGA